AUGAGCAGUGGCCCUGGGACCGGCAGGCCCGGAGGCCUGGUGGCCCUUCGUGGCAAGGGGCGGAGCAUGCACAAAAGCAUUGUCUUCGACAUUGGCUUCCUUUACCUGGAGGGAGCCAUCGCUGCUGAAAACGAGGGAGCCAUCGCUGCUCAGCUGUGUGUCCUUCUAUGGCUCGCAGGAGUGCUGGACCAGGUCAUAGACCACUACAAGCUAAUGAACUCCCAAGGAGGGCUGCUGCAGACGGUGUUUGUGAUAACGUACAUGCUAACAGCACCUGUGUUUGGCUACCUGGGUGAUCGCCACAGCCGUCGAGCCAUCAUGGCUGCUGGCGUCUUCUUCUGGAGUGCCACCACUCUUCUCGGUUCCAUACCACCAAAGAAGUUUGUGCUGUUUGCUCUGCUACGUGGCCUGGUGGGCAUUGGUGAGGCUAGCUACUCCACUGUGGCCCCAACAGUCAUAGGGGACCUCUUCUCAGGACCACGCCGAAGCAAAAUGCUGGCAGUUUUCUACUUCGCCAUCCCCGUCGGCAGUGGUCUCGGCUACAUUGUUGGUGCAUCUGUGGCAGAGGCGCUGCAUGGAUGGUACUGGGCCCUCAGGGUGACUCCCGUACUUGGUGCGGUGGCAGUGCUGCUGGUGUUGUUUGUCUUGCGUGAGCCUCUGCGAGGUGCCAGUGAAGGGGCCACCACCAUGGGUCCUUCUACGCUCAAGGACGACCUGUUUUCCCUGAUUGCCAACCGCUCGUACAUCUGGUCCACGCUGGGCUUCACGUGUGUCACGUUUGCCACGGGUGCCCUGGCCUGGUGGGCACCCAGCUACAUGACGCACGCCCUCCAGCUGCACAAUCCAGAUGGCAAGGCUGAUGAAGGAAGGUGGACUUUUCUGGCAGUGCGUCGUCUGAGGAAAGUUAAGGUGAAUGAGCAGGCAGCAUGA